AUGGAGUUUACGGGGCCCGAUGAUCGGCCUAACAGGGGGAGAGCAAGACAACGGCAGGCCAUCUACAACACCUCGCCAAUUGCAUCUACCUCGGUACAUGCAAGGAAGACUUCUGAGCAGUCCUUUCUCUCUCUUAGUGAUUCUAGUACAGAGACUCUUCACGUAUCCGAGUCUGAUAGAGAGCUCCCGCCGAGUGGUGGUGAUGCUGUCGUCGCUCGCGAGGCAAGGACGCCGCGACCGUCGAGAACUCAGCGGAACAUCUCGACGGAAAGGCUUUUGACCUCUGCCGCCCCUUACCCUGGAACCUCGGCGCGGAGGGUGUCCUUCUCGAGGCCCUUCUCCCCUGACAGGCCACCACCACCAACAUCGCCGUCGCUGGGAGGAACAUCAACAGUGACGGCGACAACAUCGUCAUCAUGGCUCAAGCCACCGCCUACAUUGGUGGAUGCUCACCUAUCGCGAGACUUUCGUCGCCAGACUAGUGACACAACACUAGACAUUAUCGAUGACUACCUGUCGCCACGAGACUCGGUCAAGCCAAAGACCAACUCAGUUGUAUCUAGGCUGUCUGUUGAAUUUGCACCAGAGUCUGUCGGCUUUUCUAGGGCGUAUCGCCCCGUCGAACCUCUCCCAAGGAUGUUUUCGCAGAGGAAAAGGGCCCGCGAUUUUCAGAGUCCCUUGUCCCCGGUCGAAUCCGUUUCUGGUAUGAGCGCCUCGCCCACCACCCCCAGGACUCCCAGAACCCCCGGGACCCCCAAGCCGCUACCACCACUGCCAUCGCCUCCUGCUCCAUCGACGCCGGUCAUCAAAGAGUCUCUCGUGGAAGACGAGGAAGAGAUGCCAAAAUCUCAGGAUGUUCCAGGUUCUGCCCCACCACAAGAAGAAAACAAGGAAGCACAGCCACAAGACGAGUCAAUUGAAGCACCACAAGAGGAACCAAAAAAUCUUAUCGCUGGCAGAGGCGGAAGGGGCCGGGGUAGGGGAAGAGGUAGAGGAAGGGGAGGAAGAGGUGGUCGGGGUGGCAGAGGGGGAGCUUUGGCUGCUGCGGCUGCCCCAGACACUGAGGGAGAACCGGUAGCUGAGGGUGCAGAUGUCGUUGUUGCAGCUGAGGGUGCUGCUGUCGCUGUCACAGCACGAGGCGGCGGUAUGAGAGGCAGAGGACUACGAGGAAGAGGAAGAGGUGGUAGAGCAGGGAGAGGCGGGAGAGGCGGCGCCCGAGGCGGUGCAAUCAUGGCGAAUGAUGCAUCUAAUGACCCAGAAGAGGCAGCGGUUGUGAAUGAAAAAGAGAAGGACAGUGAGAAGAAGGACGAUCCGCAACCUGUGGGUGAACUCAAGGGGAAGAAACCGGGGCAGCUGCCUCCAGGACCCAUGAAUGAUCCAGCCAAGAGGAAAAAAAUGAAGAAAGCCCAACAGGGACAAACAUUCAAAGACUUUCUUAGAAUCUUUGCUUAUACCACCAAGCGAGAUCGCUUCUUCAUUUCUGUAGCCGUAAUUGGCGCAAUUGGUGCCGGGUUGACAUAUCCAGCGCAGACUAUUGUUUUUGGAAACAUGAUAGGCGAGCUCACCUCGAGCAACUACGUCGGGCAAACGGCGGAUGAAGUGACAGCUUAUAUGACCCAUGUCAUUCAUCAGAGCGUGCUGUACAUGGUAUACAUUUUUGCCGUGAGGCUUACAUGUGGAUACAUUGCAACACUUGGGUUCAAUGUCAUGAGCAUAAGAGUUGCCUCGACAUUGCGAUUGGCUUAUUUGAAAGCCCUCUUGUGUCAACGUGUAUCAUUGUUGGACACACAGCCACCAGGUUCAUUAGCGGCGAUCAUUACAAGCACGGCGAACACCAUGCAGACUGGCAUAUCUGAGAAAUUUGCAAUGCUUAUUCAGAGCAUCUCUCUCAUCAUCGCUGCAUUGAUCAACGCUUAUUAUCACAGCUGGAAGCUUGCCCUGAUAACGAGUAGCGGUCUCCUUUUGAUCAUUCUCUGCUAUUGUGUUACCACGCCAUUUGUGGUCAAGAAUCAGAAGAAGGUUGAGCAGAUGAAUAUCAAAGCUUCAGGAGUGGCAAGCGAAACUUUCAGCGCCAUGCGAAUGAUUGCAGCCUGUGGCGCAGAGACAAAAUUGAUCAAGAAAUACGAUGAGUGGGUAUCGAAAUCACGAGCGAUUGGCAUGAAGAUGUCAAAGAUUGCCGCAAUUCAAAAGGCCACAAUCUUCUUCAGCGUUAUUGGCACUUUUGCCAUUUCGUGUUGGUACGCUGCCAAGAUGAUCAUCAGCGGAGAAAUUCCAAACAACAGCAUUCUUAUCAUCGUCCUCAUGAGCAUUUUGAUGACAAUCAAUGCGAUUGGAAACGUCGCGCAACCUAUAUCUGCUGCUUCGCGGGCGGCGCAUGCGGCAAGAAUUCUCUACAACGGCAUUGAUGCGCCAAAGCCCAAGCAGACAGGGAAGACAGCCCCGGAGGUCAGCGCUGCAGAAAGAAUAGUGCUUUGGAAUGUCAACUUCACCUACCCGUCGCGCCCAAAGCACAAGAUCCUUGAUCAACUUAAGUUGAUUAUUCCUGCUGGCAAGGUGACGGCGAUCGUGGGGCCUUCUGGCUCAGGCAAAAGUACAAUUGUGAAUCUGAUUGAGCGUUGGUAUGAGAUGGACGGGGCUGCGACUGGCAACAAGCUCGUGCAAUACUUUCGAAACGGCAACGUGCGCUGUGGCGGCGUACCCCUGCACGAGAUCGACAUGAAGUGGUGGAGGUCGCAAAUUGGCCUGGUCCAGCAGGAGCCUUUUCUUUUCAACGACACCAUCUUCAAGAACAUCUCCCACGGAUUGAUUGGGACUGAAUGGGAAGAUGCCGACGAAGAAAAGAAGAGAGAGUUGGUGAGACAGGCGUGUACGGAAGCUUUUGCCGACGAGUUCAUCUCCCGGCUUCCCGAGGGCUAUGACACGCCAGUUGGAGAGGCUGGCGGCAAGUUGAGUGGUGGUCAACGCCAGCGACUCGCCAUUGCAAGAGCCAUUGUGAAGCAGCCCAAGAUUUUGAUUCUGGACGAAGCGACAAGUUCAAUUGACGUGCGUGGCGAGAAGGUGGUACAAGCCGCCUUGGACAAGGUAUCCAAGGGUCGCACGACGAUAAUGAUUGCUCACAGGCUCUCAACGGUAAAGAAUGCAGACAAAAUCAUCGUCAUGAGCAAGGGCAAAGUCGCUCAAGAGGGUACACAUCAACAGCUUAUGGCCAAGAAAGAUGGCCCUUACUGGCUCUUAACGCAAGCGCAGCAACUGACGUUGAGCGAAGAGAAACAUGAAUCUCAUAGUGACACUGCCGACACUGCAGUUUCAGAUGAUGAGAAGCGUACCAUGGACCUCAUGGAGAAGGGCGAGGGAAAGAGAGACACCUACACGACCAAGAAUGAAGAUGAGUAUCAAGAGGCGCCCAAGCCUAGAGGAUUGAUCAAAUCUUUUGGUCCGUUGCUUGGGGAGCAGAAAAAGCACUGGAUAUGGUACUGCAUCAUGUUCUUUGGAGCUAUCAUGGCUGGAGCGAGCGCGCCUCUUCAGGCAUAUCUUUUCGCUGCUUUACUUACCUCUUUCAAUCUGGGGGUAUGGUAUUUGACCCAGCUGACCAAUUUCUGGUGUCUCAUGUUCCUGAUCCUUGCGGUAUGCGUCGGAUUUGGAUACUUUGCGUUGGUCUUUGCCUCGACGCGCAUCGCAUUCAUCAUUACAACUUCUUACCAGCUUGAAUAUUUCAAGAAUAUGAUCUUGAAACCAGUAUCUUGGCAUGAUAAAGAAGAAUCAAAAGAGGGAACUUUGACGCAACGUCUGGCAGCAGAUUCUACAGCCCUUCAGCAACUGCUCGGCAACAACAUGGCUUUUGUCACCAUUGCUAUCCUGAGCAUCUCCGGUUGCAUGGCUAUAGCAUUCUAUUUCGGCUGGAAAUUGACGGCCGUUGCCCUGUCCUGCGCAAUGCCCCUGGCUAUUGCCGCUGGUUUCUUCCGCUCUCGUGUUGAGAAAAAGUUCCAGAAGCUGAACACCAGAGUGUUUGCCGAGAGCGCACAGUUUGCCACCGAGGCAAUGGGCGCCAUCCGUACCGUCACAGCCCUCACUCUUGAAGACACAAUCAGUCGGAACUAUGAUAAGAUGCUGUCCGACCAUCUUCACAUGGCAUAUAAGAAAGCUAGAGUUGCUACACUUCUUUAUUCCGCCAGCGAAUCUGUACCACUACUUUGUAUCGCAUUCAUUCUUUGGUACGGCGGUGGUCUCUUGAUCAGUGGCGAGUAUAUAUCUUUCCAGUACCUGGUAGUGUACUUGGCCGUUGUGCAAGGUUCACAGGGAGUGGGCCAGUGGUUGAGUUUUGUGCCCAAUAUUUCGCAAGCAAGGGUGGCAGCGAAUCGCAUUCAGGAAGUGCGAAUUAGGGAAAUCGACCCUGACAAGGGUAUCAGGCUCGAUCAUCCCGUUAUUGAUUUUGAUCACAAGGAUGAAGAUGUCACUGGACCAAAGAUCGAGCUGCAGGAUAUUUGGUUCAAGUAUCCCACUCGAGAUAUGCCAGUUCUUUGCGGAUUGGACAUGACGAUAGAAAGCGGCCAGUUUGCUGCCAUCAUUGGCCCAUCUGGAUGCGGCAAGACAAGCGUCAUUUCAAUCCUCGAACGGUUUUACAGCAUCAAAUCUGGUAGUGUCCUGAUGGACGGUGUUGAUAUCGAAGACAUCAACAUUGGAGACUAUCGCAGAACCAUGUCACUUGUGGCACAAGAGCCAUUCAUGUUUCAGGGAACCAUUCGCGAAAACAUUCUUUUUGGAGUCGACACAGAUAAAAUCUGCUGCGACCAUGAACUGCAUCGAGCGUGUCGUGACGCUGAAAUUCACGACUUUAUCAUGUCCUUGCCGGAGGGAUACAACACCAAGGUCGGAUUCAAGGGAAUCCUACUUUCUGGUGGGCAGAAACAGCGCAUGUCCAUUGCAAGGGCACUGAUCAGGAAUCCACGCCUGCUCCUCCUGGAUGAGGCAACCUCUGCUCUCGAUUCUGAGACUGAGCAAUUAGUGCAGGGCGUCUUUGAGCGGACCAAGAAGUCCCGGACCAUGGUGGUUGUCGCCCACAGGUUGGCGACGAUCCAGAAUGCCGACGUCAUUUUUGUUCUUGGAGAAGGUAACGUGGUGGAAAAGGGAACACAUGCGCAGCUAUUGGCUAAGAAGGGCAUUUAUUGGAGCAUGUGUCAAGCGCAAUCUUUGGAGUAA